AUGUAAUAAUGCAAGUCAGAUGAAUAUAAAAGACCUUUUAUUCUAGCUUAAUAUGAUAAAAUAAGCAGAUUAAAAUCAUUGGAUCGGCUUUUAACAAAUACUUCUUAUUUUUUAACUUAUUCACCUCAAUAAUCACCUGAUGUUAAAGCGAUAAUUGAUCAUUCUAAGCUUUCUAUUGAAAGAUCAAGAUCUUCAAAAGCAAUUGAAAAAUUAAAAGAUCCUCAGAAAGGAAAGCAAAUUCAAAGAAAUGAAACAAGAAACAACAUUUCACUUUGGGAAUAUUAUUAAAAGUGUAUGAAUUAAUUUAAUAAAAAAUAGAGAUUAGCUUGCAAUUUAUAAAAGAAAGUAAAGAUAAUAGGAUUUAAUAAUGUCUUAAGCUUCUUGAACCCACAUUUGUACAUUAAAUAUGUAAGAAUAAAAUCUUAAUGCUUUAAGUAAACUUAAAUUCAUCAAUUCCAAUAAAUCCAAAUUUAAAAGCUAAUAUAAAUUUUUAAGAUAACAAUAAAAAUUCAGCUUUACAUUACGCAGUAUUGAAUCAAAAUAUAUCUCUUGUGUAAGCUUUGAUUUUUAAGCAAAUUUAGAUAGAUAUUAUGAAUUCUGAAGAGAAAACACCUUUUAUGUUAGCUUGUAUUCAGUAAUUUUUGAUUUAAAUUUAAAAGUGGUUAUAUGGAUAUAAUUCUUAUUUUAUAAGAGUAAGGAGCAAAAAUUAAUCAUUCAGAUAAUGAAGGAAACACUUCUCUUCAUUUAGCUUGUAGAUUUAAUUAGAAAAAUGUAGUUAUAUUUUUGUUAAAAAUGAAUGGAAUAGAAAUAUAAUUAAAUAAUGAAUAAAAAACACCAGAAUAAUAUAUUAAUGAUUAAGAAAUCAAGUAAUUAUUUUAUAAUUAUUAUUAAUAAUCAAAAAGUAAUUUAUAAAAUAUUACAGAAAAAAGGACAAAAGAAAAAGAAUAAUAAAUUUAAAAUUUUUUGAGAGAGUACUUCAAGAAGUCUAAAAAAUGUUAAAUAAAAUAAACAUGUUCUCCUAUUCAUAAUUUAUCACUUGAAUUAAAAUAAAAAUAUAUGAAAAAUGAAAGAACAUAAAAAUAGAUUCAAUUAUAGUAAUUGUUUAUAAAUACUCCUUCAACAACUGAUUCAAUGAAAUAAUCAAAAUCAAAGGAUGAUGAAACAGUCGGUCCAUAAUAAUUCAAAAUAUUAGGACUUUUAGGAAAAGGAAGUUUUGGAGAGGUAUAUCUUGUAUAAAGAAAGGAAAAGUUAUAUGCAAUGAAAGUUCUUCAUAAGAGUUUAAUUAUAAGUAAAAAUAAAAAUUAAUAAAAAGAGUAAAAUAUUUGUAGAUAUGCAAUAACUGAAAGAAAUGUAUUAUCUGUUUCUUCACAUCCAUUUAUUGUUAAAUUAAGAUAUGCUUUUUAGACAUAAGAUAAAUUAUUUAUGAUAUUAGAUUAUUGUUCUGGUGGUGAUUUAGGUUAAGUUUUGACAAAACAAAAAAGAUUACCUGAAAAUUAAGUAAAAUUAUAUAUUUGUGAAAUAAUAUUGGCAUUAGAGGAUCUUCAUAAAAGAAAUAUAAUUUAUCGAGAUUUAAAACCAGAUAAUAUUAUUCUUGAUUCAGAAGGUCAUGCUUUAUUAACUGAUUUUGGUUUAUCAAAACAAGGAAUAUUAGAUUCUAAUAUAGGAGCUUAAUCAUUUUGUGGUUCAGUAGCAUAUUUAGCUCCAGAAAUGUUAUAAAGAAAAGGACAUGGAAAAGCAGUUGAUUGGUAUUUACUUGGUGUUGUUAUGUAUGAACUAUUAGUAGGACUACCUCCAUUUUAUUCAAAUGAUAGAAAUGUCUUAUUUAACAAUAUUUAGUUUGCAGAGUUACAAAUUCCAAAUUUUGUAUCUUUAGAAGUAAAAACUCUCUUAAAAUCAGUAUUAUAUUAAUUUAAUUAUACUUUAAGUUAUUAAAUAGAAAUCCUAUUGAUCGAUUAGGUUCUGGAGAAGAUGAUUACAUUUAAGUGAAAUAACAUCCUUAUUUUAAAGAUAUUAAUUGGGAUAAAGUUCUUAAUAGAGAACUUAAAAUGCCUAAACCUAAUCAUAAAUUAAAUUUAAUUUCUAAAGAUUUUAAGAAUGUAUUUGAUUUACAAAGUUUUAUUGAAAUUGAAAAAUCUCAUGUUAAUGGAUGGACUUACAUUUAAACAGAAUGA